AUGUAUCCAGAAGCCGUCACUAUCGAUGACGAUGUUGUUCUGGAAGAAGUCAUUGUUAGAAACAAUAAUGCCUGCGAAGGAAUCCCUAGCAAUCAGACAUUCUGCCAGUGCUGGCCCAUUGUUAAGGUGGAGAACAAGCUCGCUCAUCUCGCUGACAAGGGUCAACUCGGUUUGAUGGAAGGAGUGUUGAUGGAUCUAGACGGCGGCAGUAGCACGCGCAUCAUAAAAAUUUCGAAAGUUGUUACAGGCAAAAGCGGUGUUGCCAAAUGUAAUUUGGUGCAGGUGAUCCUGAGUGAACUUCUAAAAUCCAACCUUUGCAGACCUCAGCCGGCACAAUCUCACCCGCAUCGCCAAUCUCGUGAUGAAUGCACAAUGUCUCGACAACAGCGGCAUUCCUCCAUCCUCACACCGCAAGGCCUGGAAGGCUGCAUCUUGUUCCUCAAGAAAAUCAAAGACGUCCACAAUUACUAUCUCGAGAAAUAUGACCUUGAGUCUUCAGUGUUCUGGCAUCCACUGACUACACUCAACCAUUGCAACGCAGAAGACUGCUUCCCUCCGUCAGACAUCAAGCUCUACCUUGCCGUAAGGCCGAAGCAUCCGCCUUACCCCGGCCAGCCUCAACUGAACCUCCAAGGUGACGCCACAUUUCGCAGGCCAGGUUACAUCAGCAUACGAAGAGAGUACCUCGUCCAUCAAAGCAUGCUGCAGCCUUACGAUUGGGACCAGCCCCCAAACUACUACCGGCUCACUCAGAGAAGCUUUGCAGUCGUUGUCGCGAAACUCAAUACUAUUUACUACCACACAAGAGUCAAUAAGCUCAACGCUGAGGACUGCGCAAGGAGACUAGCCACAUCCAGAGCAAAGGAGUCCGCUGCCAAAGCUGCUAAUCUCAACGCCGAUGUAAUGAGAUUGAUGACGGUUAGGGACUCACUGCCACCGAGCCGGCCAAGAAUAGACCGCCAGCCUGAAAAAUCUGACCCUCCGGCUCCAUUCGCCGUAAUUACUACGAGAUCCAUUCGAGGAGAGUCUGAGACCUCCACUUCUUUCGGCCAGAUCAAGUUGCUUGUAUCUGUGGUUCUACUGGCUGCUGCUAUGAUCUGGGCAAAGGGCAAGUCAGAUCCAGCCUGUAGUGAAUGGCUUGUCAGAAGAUCCUUCGAGAUAUUAAUGCAGGUGUGGAUAGUGGCUCUCGGUGUAUCUUGGGGACUUGGGAAAUUGAUCACAAUUGGUCUUAGGAUGCUUGGAAACGCGGUCGGCGGUUGGGGCGAAGGGCUUCUAAGGAGUAUCUGA